AUGUCGGUGAGGUGGAAUGGACGCAGCCUGGCCUACAGCCCACAAGGAAGGUCACAGGCUGCGAUGCUUUUUAGGGACACAGCAGGUAAGGAUGCUGGCAUCAGCUUUCUUCUAUCUCUUGACAACACCCAGGAGAUUCUGGGGAACAGGACCUUCUGCCCCUCAGGGAAAGUACUUUGCACUUGCUCAGAAGUCCGCUCAGCUUUUAUUUCUCGCCUGUGUGCUCAGAGUCUUAAGACUGAGCCCAAUUUCAAGUUAAAGUCUUGCCACCAGGUCAGCUGUAAAACAUAAACCUAUUUUCCCUCUUUCUCUCGCCAGCUUCUUGGGGUCAGCGUGGACCACUGGGGAUGAGCUCGGGUGGCAGUGGCCUGGACACAGCUGAAGCAGAUUUGGAGCACUGGGUGGCUGAAAGUGCCUCCAAGGCAUUGCUGAGGCAACAAGGGAUGCAGCUGAAACAGUGCCAGGAUGCUCCCACAACAGUUCAAAGUGAAGAUUUGUCACAGGUGCCCCCAAACAGGUAUUCUUACCACCACCCUGGAAUCUCAGCCACCCUUGGUUCUCCACCAGGACAGUUGUCAGGAGUGGGGAGAAGCUCAAUAACUUGCUCUCCUUGGCAUUUAUUGGAAGGAGCCUAUGAACCUGAGCCUCUUGCCCUUGACCUCACUACCUCCCACCCCCCUUCUGUUUCCAGAUUUCCAGGAUUGCUGCAAGAGGAUGAGACAGCGAUAAUCCAUGAGCCUAGCAAGAUUUUGGGACAAGAGGAAAUAUUAGGCCGGGAUGGGCAGGAGGAUGGAAACCUUGGGGAAAAGGAGGAACAGGAAAAGGGAAGAGGCGGUGGCAGUGAGGUGGGCGAAGCUGCAGGAAGUCUGGAUUUGGGGUGGGAUAAAAUGUCCGGGGACCAUCGGUCUCCAAGGGAAACACCAGCUCAGGAUGAAGAGGAGCCCCUGGAAAGUGGUAGAGCUGAAGUACUGGAGCCUGCGCAGGGAGAACAGGAGGGUGGGAUUCAUGUGGCGCGUGAGAGCAGGACAGGGGAAGUAAACAACACACCAGGAUCUUUGGGGAAAACUCAAAAUGUGCAAGAAAGCAGGGAGUCAACUGCAGAGCUGGAAGCUCAGGUGGAAGCAGUGAAGUUGGAUAUAGGAUAUGGAAAUGGCCAGGGAAGAAGUCGGAGCGAGGGCGAGGAGGAAGGAGGAACCAGCAGAGAUUAUGGUGAGCCAGACAGGGCUGGAGGAAGCGGUGAUGAGCAGGGAGGCCCAGAGAGAGACACGGAAAGCCAGGAGGGAGCCAGGAGCCCAGAAGAGGAUGUAGCCAGCAUCAAUACUGGUCCAGAGCAGUUCUCUUUGGAACCCCGGAUCUGCAGCACAUUGGAGCAGUAA